ACGUGUGCACGAAAAUAAAAUAUUUUAAAAUUCACGUGAAAAAAUCUGGCACAUGUUAUAUAUUUUUAUUCUGGCCCAUAGACUACUAGAUUAGACGAGGUGUUCUCUAUUUCCUUUUUGUGGCAAGGUCAUUUAUCACAGUAAAUAUGGAGACUCAGGCACAAAUUGAGCUUAGAAAGAAAGUAUGGGCACCUCCUUUUGAUGCACGUUUUCCAAACCAGAAUCAGACAAGGAAUUGCUGGCAAAACUAUGUUGAUUAUUAUCGCUGCCAGAAAUUGAAAGGAGAAGAUUAUGCUCCAUGUGAAUAUUUCAAGAAAGUUUUCACACAAUUAUGCCCUGGUUUUUGGGUUGAGCAGUGGGAUGACCAGAGAGCUAAUGGUGCCUUUGCUGGGAAAAUAUAGAGGUUACAGGAUGUAGAAACUUCCUUGUUGUUUGUAUCAAUGAAAUAAAUAUUACAUACAAUUAUCUUA